AUGCCCGGUGGCCCGGCCCUUCAAGCCAGGCGGUCAAUCAACUGUCUGCUUUGGAUUGAAGGAGUAAACCCUUUCCGCGGCAUCGUCGCCGAGUGGAAGUCCCCCACCAACGCUGGUCCGAUUCGGCCCCGGCCACGGCUCCAAUUAGCGGGCAGUGACCAGGGGUGCCGUUUCGUUUCCAGGCUCAUUUCGGAAGGGCCAUCUCUCCAAUCCCGCACCUCAGCCUGCAGCCUAGCAGCCGUCGUCAAGACACCACGCCUGCUGGUCGCAUCUAAUCUCUUCGCCUCCUCCCCUCUUCGCCGUGCUUGCAAAGCCACCAACACCGACAGCAUGUCCAUCCAGGUUCCCAUCGACCUGCUCACCUCGCGCUUCAGCAUGGGGGAGCGCUUCAGCAGCCUGCGCGCCAACACCAUUGGCAACCGCUUUGCCAACCUCAAGCCCCUCUCCGAGUUCCUCGACAUCAAGCGUGUGAACAAGCCCGAGAACUUUGUCGAGAUGCAAUCGCGUGUUAACUACAACCUCGGCCACUUCUCGAGCAACUAUGCCAUCGUCUUCCUGAUGCUCUGCGUCUACGGCCUCCUCACCAAGCCCUUGGUCUUGUUCGACAUCAUCUUUGUCACCGUGGGCAUGUUCAUCAUUGGCAAGCUCGACGGUCAAGAUCUGGAGUUUGGCACCCAGCGCUUCUCGACAAUGCAACUUUAUACCGGCCUUUGGGUCAUUGCGAUCCCAAUCGCCCUGAUUUCCGGCGUCUUCGGCCUCAUGAUGUGGUUGAUUGGCGCCAGUGGUGUGGUCAUUCUUGGCCACGCCGCACUUUUGGACAAGCCUAUCGAUGAGGCUUUUUCCGGGGAGCGGAGGAAAUAUGAGGCGCGCCAGGGGGACGACAGCUGGUGGGGUGAUGACCGGCGUGUCGAAGAAGUGGAUGAAUCUGAUUCUGGUGUCGGGCUGGCCUCGAGCGCAUUGGUCAGACGGGGUGGAAGCUUUGGUUCGGGCAUGAAUAUCGUUGCUCGGGAGGACGGAGAGGAGACGACGGACGACUCGGAAGACGGGACGGAUGAUGACUAUGACGAUGACAUGCCCAUGCUCAGCCCGCGGGAGGAGGCUCUCGCCGAGGCUGCCAUGGCACGUGUAGCGCGUGCCCAUUCGAGAGGCAAGACGAAUGUGAAGUUGGGCAAGGAGGAGUUGGCUGCCUAUCAGAAGAAGCUGGCGAUCAUGGAGUAUCAAAGGACGAGGCCACCACGGAGAGAGCGUGUUGCUGUUCCCAUCACUGCACUUGGACCUGCUGCCCGCAGCGCCAAUCGACUGCCAUCUGACGGCAGCACGCCCCCUUCGGCCUCUUCGCCCGAUCCAAACUCGGAAAGAGAACCAGCACAGCCACCAAUGGGCUACUUUCCUCCUUCCUCUUCGCGCUCGCUUCCUCGUUCAGGCUCUAGUGCAUCCAGGACACCUAGCCAGACCAGGGUUGACAGAGACCGGGACUUGUCGCCGUUCACGUAUUCGUACAUUCGCAAGGGCGAUUCCGAGAUUCGAUCAAGCUCUCGGCAGCCCUCUGGUUCUUCCGACCAUCCGAGGGGCCCUCAACGCCGCAGCGAGUCUCAGGAUCCUUUCCAGUACAUGACGGACAAGCAGCCAUCGCCUCUUUCAGGAGCCUCAGCCUCGUCGCGGACACUUCAUCUUGAUCCUUUGCCGGGAGCACCCUAUUAUGGAUCUUCAACGGUUGUUCGCCGACGGACCGGCGGUCACGAAGACAGCGCCAGCGGCAGCGAGGACGCCUUUGACCCUGCGCCUCCUGGGCGGGUCAACAGCUCCGGCACCACCCUUCCUGACUCGAGGGGCGAUGACAAGUUGUCUCCUUCGGCCAAGAAGUCAUCUUCUUCCAGUUCGGCUGUGCCUUCGCGCAAGAAGUCGGUUGCUACACGGACCAGCAUCUUGGGUACUGCUAGAAGGAAAGCGAAAUGA